UCCACUGCAUCAGCACUCCCUGAGGAGCGAACUAGUGUGAAUCUCUCUCAACAAUACAAUGUCGUAUCCACGCAGUCAACUGCGAAACCUGGGUGUGUACUGAAGGUCGGGGAAGUUGUCUGGGCGUUGCAGGAAAACUCUCGCCUACUUAUGCUGAACGUUUUUCCCGAACAUUUAUUAACUGGUGGUUCUGAUCUGACGUUUGUCGAGCCUUCAUCCCAUAUACAGAGUCUAUCAGAUCGACAAGAUAAACACCUUUCCGAAGACCGUCACUUUGUAGUCGCUGUAGAACGUGAAGGCGACUGUGAAUUCUUUCUAAUGUUCCUGCUGGUCAUUUCCUCGCAUAAACAACAGGAUCGUUCCACAGGUAAGCUAUUCUGUUACUCUCACAUUUGA